UUUAUAAUUGUUUUCCAAUGAUCCUGUAUAUUUAAACAGAUCAGGAAAAGUGAAAUGUACAGCAUGUCUCUGUGAAAGCCUGCAUGGAGAAACCAAUCAUUUUUCAUGUCAAGGAGCUGAUAUCUGACACCCCAGGCAUUAAGUGAACUGCAGCCUAUCACAGCUUGUUUUUUUCCUAUUUUUUUGUUUUUGUGAUUCGACCUUUAGAGGGCUCACUUCUACAGCUGCUGCUCUGCCUUCGGAGGACCAGAUUAACAAUAAAUGCAGGCUAUAAAACAGCUCUGACUGCUGGAAAAUGUCAGAGACACAUGCUUAUUACCCAAGACCUGCCAACUGUUUUUAUGUCAUCUACUGUCAUGUGUACUUGCUCCACCUUGUACCAACAGUCCAGUCCAAUGUCCAUACAGCGGUUGUGGAAAAAAAAAAAAAAGGAAAACAUGGUUGUGUGCCGUGCAUGACUGUGGCGAAAUGAUUUUUAUGUAAACAGAAGGGAGGAAUGAAAAAUAUUCUUUCAUAUGUGCUUAAUCUUCUUAUUGUCAUUGUUUGUCUCCUUCUCACACGGGAAAAAACGAUUAUACUGUCCCUUUUGCCACAGUGUUACAUAAAGCCAACAUGGACCUGAACAUUUUCAGCUUAAGCUGCAGUGUUUUUACAUGGAUAACUCAAUUUUUUGUGUAGGCUGUCUGCAAAGGAAAGGAGAGGUGAUAAAAGCUAGGUGUGAAUGUUUUUAUUUAUAGCACGUAAACAUGUUUUAGAAUAAGAAACAAAAUAGCUCUAUGAUACUGAAAUUAUUUUGCCAUAUUUUAUGUGAAGUGCACAAAUAAUAAAAUAAAAUGGUCAAGUUUGUAAUCUCAUUUCAGGAGUAUAAGAUAAUAUGUUUAUGAGAAAUAAAGAAAAAGUUGUUUUACUUUUAAAACUGCUAUUUUAAAAUACAAAUUUAUGCUAUGGAGUAUACUAAAAUGCUGUAAUGACUUACAUCGUCUGCAUUAAAAUAUGUGAAAUCAAAUGUAGCCAAUACAAAUGUGGGACAUCUUAUUUUGUGUGAAAAGGGAGAAAACAAAAUGCUGUGCAGAGAAGUAAAAGUAAAAAAUUAAGUUACUUUUUCAGACAGGUGGCCAGCAGGGGGCAGCAGCAGGUGGGAAAAGCCAGUGUCAUCACAUUACACUAUUUCUAAAACAACUAAGGAAAACUCCAGCCACGCAAGUGCUUUUUGUUGCAGCUCAUUAAAGCAACUUUAAACCAUUAAAUGCAAAUGAUUCUUGUCGUUUUUAACAGUGAAAUGAUCAUAUUCACGUCUGUCCUUUAAUGUUGAAAAAAAUAAACAUUAUGUUACUGAAGAAUUAGCGGUUUUCACAGUAGAGCUACUGCAUUCUCAGACUGUAAAAUCUGUUUACAUGAUGUUACUGUAAAAUGGGAAGAUAUUCUGGGAAAAUUAUAAUCUGCAAUUUUAAUUUUUAUUAUAAACUGCUGCUCUUCAAUUAUCUUGGGGAUUUUCACUCUGGGUUUCUGUUAUUUGUUCUUUUUUUACAUGACAUCUUGCAGCCUCCUCUUAGUUCAUAGUGCAGAGAGAGAGAGCUGUUUUGUACAGCAAAGUUUCAGUUUUUGCCUGAGCCAUCUCUCUCUUCUUAAAGCACUAACUUGGAUUCACACACGAGACACCAAAGUUUGCCCAGGGAUACAUCAUUAUUCAUCAUUACAACAUUAUUCAUUUAUGGCAGUUUGUUCUGCAAUUAAUUUAACAACAGCUACGAAAACUAUUGUUAGAUUUUACAGUAAAACGGUUUUUUUCUGUUAUUGUAGCUACUUUUUAGCUUUAACUUUACUUUAAGUUACAAUACAAGAGCUAAUGAGUUACUGUUGCCAGUAGGUUUAUUGUAAUGACAAACAAUUUACAACGUAAGCGUGUGGAAGAACCUUUUUGUGGUUUUAAAUACCCAACUUUAAAAACCUUGGUACACGAUUGUUUAACCUCUCCCAACCCAUUUGAAAACAGAAUGAUUCCAUAUUUUUCUUCAAAUCUGUCAAAAGUCGCUCAAUUUCUGUGCCUUCUGUGACGUCAUCUACCCCAUGCACAAAAAGCUGAAAUUUGAUUUUUUUUUUUUUUUUUCUUUCUGUGCACUUUUUGAAAACGGUGUAAUUCGUGAAGUCUUGCAGUGAAAAUCGGCAUUCAUUUCACAUUUGUUGGUGAAAAAUCCUCCACCGCUACAAUCUCUACGCCUAAAAGGUUUUUAUCUUGACCGCACAGACAAAACAUGUCUUUAAUGGUUGCAGAGGGUGGUUCCCUGUGCAGCAGCGCCUCUCUGCGCUCCUGCGUCUUAUUUACAUUGUGCUGUCGGACUGGCUGCUCACACGUGUCCCAUCGUCUCGCCUCUUUGUCCUGCAUCACACUUUCACUGGCUUCACUGUCAGCAACGGAGACGAGCUGACUGCAUGCUGCGUUUGCCCUUUCCUAUUGCUGCUUCUCCUGCAGCGAGUUGCUCAGCCUUUUGAUUGGAUUCCCUUAAAGCGGAAGACUUCCCACCUAAAAGAAAAGAAAGCAAAACACAGGCAGGUAUGCAGCAUCUCCUCAGCUCUUCUCCUCAGGUUCCAGGCGUACCGGGACGGUUUAGAUGACGUGCAGAGGUGUCCUCCAGGUGUUUAUGUUUCGCCCCGCUUUAGAAAAGACCUGUUCCACCGGGAGAUUCAUGGUUCGGCUUUUGUGUCGCUAUCAUCAUGUCCCCAGCAUCGGCUCCAGCAGCCAGUGAGAGCAGCACCACCGCGGUCCAAGAGGAGGCAGCGAACAGUCCCAGGGAGGAGCAGCAUCCUCAGAAACAGUCUCUGGCCAAGUCUUUGUGCUCGGAGUCUCACUGGAAAUGCCUGCUGCUGUCCCUGCUGAUGUAUGGCUGUGUGGGGGUGAUAGUCUGGUGCCAGAUGACAAAGGUCACGCGUCUCUCCUUCGACAGCGCCUACAAGGGAAAGUCCAUGAUGUAUCACGACAGUCCAUGUUCCAACGGCUACAUCUACAUCCCCCUGGCUUUCCUGGUCAUGCUCUACGUGGUCUACCUGGUAGAAUGCUGGCACUGCCACGCCAGGAACGAGUUGCAGUACAAGGUGGACGUGGACAGCGUGGUUGAAGGCAUACAGCGAAUGCAGCAGGCCACGCCCUGCAUCUGGUGGAAGGCCAUCAGCUACCACUAUGUCAGGAGGACGCGGCAAGUGACGCGUUACCGCAACGGAGACGCGUACACCACCACGCAGGUUUACCAUGAGAGAGUGAACACUCACGUGGCUGAGGCAGAGUUUGACUAUGGAAACUGUGGCGUUAAGGACAUCUCAAAGCACCUGCUAGGUUUGGAGGGAUUUCCUAUCAGCAGGCUGAGGUUUACUAAGUGCUUUAGCUUUGCCAACGUAGAGUCAGAAAACACCUACCUGACUCAGCGGGCUCGCUUCUUUACAGAAAACGAGGGCCUGGAUGAUUACAUGGAGGCUCGUGAGGGGAUGCACUUGAAGAAUGUGGACUUUAAGGAGCAUAUGAUUGCCUUUUCCGACCUGAAUCAUCCUCCCUGGUACGCUUCCAACUCUGCUUUCUGGGUGGCAGCUGCUUUUACGCUCUCCUGGCCUCUACGGGUGCUUAUGGAGUACCGUACAGCCUGCGUGCAGUACCAUGUUGAGAAGCUGUUUGGCUUUGACUAUGUGCCAGCAACGCCAUCAGAAGACCCUCCAUAUUGUCAACAUAUCCCACGAGUCAACACAAUUGACAGCACAGAGCUUGAGUGGCACAUCCGCUCAAACCAGCAGCUGGUGCCCAGCUACUCGGAGGCAGUCCUGAUGGAUCUGGCCCAGCUCUCAGGGAGCUGCAACAGCUACUCCAUAUGUGGGCGCUAUGGCAGCUACAGGCAGAACUGCGAACGCUGCCACCGCGCUAUCAGCAGCUCCUCCAUCUUCUCCCGCAGUGCCCUGAGCAUUUGCAACACAGCGAGCCCCCGCAUCCCCUUCAGCGCCAGCCGCUUCUCUCUGGGUCGGCUGUAUGGGUCCAGGCGGAGCUGCCUGUGGAGGAGCAGCGGGAGUCUGAAUGAGCAGUCCGGUCCCACCGAGAGCACUCGCUGUCUGUCAGGACAGCAAACCAGCGAGGAGACCCCUCCAGCCUAUCAGGAUGCUCUAUGCUUUCCUGUCCUCAUUGUGCAUCGCAAUGAAGGGUGCCUCAAUCAUGACCAUCGCUCUUUGCACAGGAACGGCUCCUGUGUGGAGACAUCCCUUUGACCCACAGCUGCCUCAAAGUAACGAGACACACUAAGGCUGAGAAACCUCUUUAACGCUGGUUUGGGAGGAUGCAUAUUUACAAUGCUGUGCGAGUAUUUUUUAUUUGAACUUUUCUUAUUAUGGUCACAUUAAAAAACACAAACUUUCAACACAACACAAAUUAGUGCAGGAUUGUGAAGUGGAAGGAAAAUGAUACAUCCAUCCAUCCAACAUUUUCCUUCGUCUUCACAACUAACUAGUCUUGUCUAUGACAUAAAAUCCCAAUUAAGAACAUUGAAGUUUGCAGUUUGUACUGUAAAAAAUCUGAAACAUUCAUGUUGUAUGAAAACCUUUGUAGCGGUCUGUAUGUUUUUACCACAGAAAGCAUAAGGAUCCACAUACUGCUUGUAACAAACAUGAUUUGUUCAGAUACUAUCACGUCAGAUAAAAACAAAUAAUCAUUCUGAAGGAUUUGGCAAAGUGCAGCCAGCGAGUCAGGUAACCAUAACAUGGCUUUAAACAACCAAGCUGGCAAAUUGUCACAGUCCUAAACUGUCUUUAAAAGGAGUACCAACUUGGAAAUACCUAGAGAAGUCACACCAUACUUUAAAAUGUCAUAUGAAUGAAUGAUUGUGUUGGUAACCUUUCAGCUGACUCUAACUAGGGGUUUGAUAAGAGGUGAAAGAGAUGCAAUAGUUUACUGAUGCACAAGUGAAGCAGCAAACAUAGUGAGAUAUUAAGAGACGUGAGUCAUGCGACGCAUGAGGGAAAAUGCAAACAUCAACAAGACUCAGCAGUUUCCUUAUAAAAAUACCUCUGAUGACGUCAUUAGUCAAGACUACAUAGAAAACCAAAAUAUAAGCAUGUAGAAUAUUCUGAUCGUGGCCCUAUUCACUCAAAAUCAGCACAGAUAAAAAACCUUUUUAAAUAUCUGGUGAAUAAAUCAUCCAGUAAGCAGAAAUCAGUGUGUUUGCAAUGCCAUUACACACCCUUCCUUGCCACAUAUAGAACAUGAGGAUGAUGAAUAAUUUAGUACAGAGUAGCUGGAAAACAUGUGAACUCUAAACAGAAUUACCAUUUGAAACUGUAUUUUUUAUUUCACAUUUAACCGUACUGCUCAGGCUCCCUAUUUGUUGAAGUGCCUAACAUCAACCAUUUCCGAGAAACAUCUGCUUUCACAAUCUGAACCAUCUCAUCUCAGCCUCUUCCCAAUAAAACGACAGAACAGCAGGCUGUGGUAUGUCAUGGAGACAUUGAUUUUCUGAUGUCAUUAUUGUUGAAAAUGGCAUCUUACUAUAAAUCAGGUCAAACAUUCUUUCUGAUGUUUUUCAUAAGGCCCUAAAUAGAUCAAAAGCGAGCUCUGCACUGCUGCUGAUGCAUAUUAGAGAGGCAUCUAGAGAGCUUGUCAUCUAACUGUAAAAACAGGUCUGGACUUGACACUGUUAGUGCCACAUUCAAUAAAAUGACAGGAUUACCAGAAAAUAAAACUGAAAACGUACUUUCUCCCUUCUCUAAAGGACAGCCAGGCCAUUCUCAAUAUUGUUGUAGACUUAGAGAAAUGCAAAUUUAGAUUAAAAUUAGAAUAUAUAAUAUGAGCUAUAACAACAUUUAAUUACCCUUUGAGAUUAAUAAAGUAUUUUUGAAUUGAAUUAAAUUGAAUUGAUGAGCAGCAGAUGCAGUGAAAACUUGAGGAUUUGCUUCUGAAAUGUAAAAUAAAAUGAAUCUAACAAUUGCUUCGGGUUCAUAAAAUCCUCCACACUUAUUGGCACCCCUGAUAAAGAUGUGAGAAAACGUUAAAUAAAUUUGUCUUUUAUAGCUGUAGUAUAACCUCAUAUUGAAAGAGAGAAUAGCAGAAAACUGCAGCAUUUUAUAGUCACCAGGUCUCCAUAGCAUCCAUCAGAUGCUAUCUACAUGCCAACCAUUAGUUUGGGCGAGAUGCUAGGAGAAGCGAAUUUUCCAUCCUACCAUCACAAAUGUAAUGAUGUGGCAUUUGCUAAACGCUACUAGAACUUCAGCUCUUACCUCACUUUGGUCAGAUAGAGCUUUCAGCAUGAAACCCUCCUGAUGGAUCUGAUGCAAAGCAAAACAAAGGAUGAAUAAAUAGAAAUCCACCUUAGGCCUUCUGUUAUGUAUGGUGUAGGAUCCGCCAGGAUAUGAGGUUGUUUCUCCUCCAAAAAUGAGUGCACCUGUGAUUUAGUAAAAACAUCAAUUAAAAACCCCUAGUAAAUACCUUAUGUGAAAUUUUUAUCCUCACUGAAUACAUUUUGAUUUUAAAUUCCAAGAAAAGGUUGGAUUUUUCCAAAAUGCGAGAUUAUUCUGCAGCAGUGAUAGAUGUGUUUCUUUGAAAGAAAACAUUUUUACAAGGUAUUCCAUUAAGUGUGGAGGGUGUUGCAGUUUGCCUUUUUCAUCCCUCUUCAGUAAAAUAGAAAAAUUACAAUGAUAUGUAUAGUUAGCACAUAAUUUUUGAUACAAAGUGUUGUCUUGUUAAUUUAAUAUGGUUUGCUAUCAAAGACGCUGUUCUUACGCAUCACUUACUAAUCCAUGAACGGUAUUUGUCUGUGCUCAAACAAUUUUUCAGUGACUGGUGUAUAUUUGGGUUUAUACGCUAGAUAAAAAGCCAUCAUACUCACUGUAUGCCAUAUGAGGUGUUAUGUUUGGAACUAUCUUUAUAGCAAUGCCUAAAAAGAUAAUAAAAAAAUAGGAACAGGGACUGGAUUAAAGGUUCAUUCAAACCUCAAAUGUGUUGAUAGCACCUAUGCAAGGCCCACCACCCUCAGGAUAGUGUCAAUGAGUUAGCUUGCAACAACAUUCCUGCUGACACUUCCUUCUCUUUUCAUUGUGAUGUUAGUGUCCUGUAAUCUAUUUGUAUACGGAAGUUGGGAUUUCCAGGUUCCACGUUGGAAGAAUCAAACAUAAUGCCCCCUGACGUCAUAGGCCUCCAAGCAGUCCCCAGUUUCAAUAACCAAUAUGGCUGCCAUGCAUAUAACAACAUAGUGAAAAUUGAAAGUAUAAAUUAUUUUUUAGCACCUCUGACAGUUUGUACCUCAGUAAGAUCGCUAUUUGUGAACAUGCUUCUUUAGUGUUUGUACAUAGAAAAUGGAAAUUAACACAUUUUAGUGGUUUUUACAACAGAUAGUCAUGAGCACUCCAAUAGUUUGAAUAUCUCAGACGCAACCCGAGUGUGACAUUGUUACUAGGUCCAAUGGCACACAACAUCAGUAUGUCUGAGACCUUUCUGACUGUUAAAAUCAUUUUUAUAUAUCAUUUACUUAAUAAAGUAGAAGCUGAUGUGUAAAUAACUACUAAAUAACUACUUUAAGCCCCAAAAAUAGGUUGCUAUUUAAUAGGAACAAUGAAUGGUAAUGUAGGACCCAAAUGUCCCACUGUGACAAGUUAGCAGAUCAGUUUCACUUUAAAUUUUUUUUGGUCAUAUCUCAGCCUGGAUUGGGUUAAACCCAAUGAUUUUUUUUUCUUCAAUGGUUACAUAUGAUUUAGCUUUUAUUUAUCUAAAAUCAUCCCAUUCUCUCAGUUAUUACCAGUCAGCAAACCUUCAUGAUGGAGCCACUGUGAUAUUUAAUCAAAGUCAUUUGCAAAAAUAAAACAUUAUUAAAGGAAAUUUGUUUACAGGUACAAUGUUUACAUUAAACGUGACAAAUAAGCUUGGUGUAUAAAUCAGUCUGAAAGACCAAUAGUUUUCCUUUGCUAGAAUAAAGGAUUUUGUCAUGAAAGGCACUAAACCCUUUAUCACGUCUGGCAAGAAGAUUACGUAGAUUAAACAAAACGAUAGAUUGUAUGUACAGUUUCAGUUGAGAUUGUUAUGAAGCUCAUCUUUUUAUAUCUGUGUAGAUGGGCGUGUGUAGGGCAGGGAGGCUUUGUACUGUAAAUAAAAUAGAAUUGAGAGUGAUGACUGUUCAUGUAGAUAUUAGCCUUAGCUAAGUGUGUCCCGCACACAGACAUUGAGGCAAUGACAGCAGGAAGAACUUUGAUGUUCAGGUGUUUAAUUGUGACUAAACUAUGAUUUGCUGAAUGCAACACAGUUAACACCAACUUUAUUCUAACUUUUCUUUGUCUCCUGAGCAAUUUUUGUGCCCUUUAGCCACACUUGUGAACCACUUGAAUGCAAUCUUUUUGCUACGUCAGCUGCCAUGUUUGGAAUGGCAUCAAAAGAUGGUGCAUUCACACUUCAACACAUACAGCACAGUCUUUUUGUCUAAAAGACGUUGAGGUUAUAUAUUUUUGACCUUUGAUUUCUUUUUGCAAGAUUAACAGAAGCUCACUUUUUAUGUUAUUGAUAUAUUUAUUUACAUGAAUAACACUAUUUGCUUCCUUAGCAGUCAAUAAUGUAGCUUAAAAAUAUUUUUGCGUAUUUUAAUAUCACCACAAAGCUGCCUUGAUGUUACAUGAGGAGUGACUACCAAAUAUCUGUUUUAAACUGGAUAAAAAGUUCAAUAAAUGAAAAUGGUCAUUUAAA